AUGUUUAAUUUAUCUAAUUUUGAAAUGUCAAAUUGUUUUUCUAUUAAUAAAAUGUAAAAUACUCAGAUUUAUUUUGAUUAGGUUAUGAUGUACAUUGAAUGCUAAAUUUGUAAUUUAGAAGAAAUUUAUAUUUAGAGAGGUUAUGGAUUGCCUGAAAUCUGAAAUGACAAUUCUUUAUGCUGAAACUCUUGAAAUCAGAAACUUUUUAGUGACUUAGAAUUAAAGGUAUUUUUAAAAAGUCUUACAUUCAACAAUAGAUUGUGUAUAACAAUUAGCUAUUUUUGAAUUGUAUUUCUUUCUUAUGUAGGUUAAUACUAAAAUAUUUUAAUAGAUAAUUUAAAUGUUACAAGUUUUUUAAGCUUUAAUACUCCAUUGA